AUGGCUCCCUCUUUGUCUGAGCUUUUCGUUGCCGGCCUGGCAUUCGCUGUCACGGUCACUGGUGUUCCCACCAACUUGAAGAAGAACCACUUCUCCGUCACGCAGGUCAAGAACAACAAGUUUACUACAAAGAACGGCCCUCUGGCUCUCGCCAAGGUCUACAAGAAGUAUGGCGUUGCUCUUCCCGCCGAGCUUGCCGCUACCGUAGACAAGAUCAAGGAGACCAACGUCCGUCGCGCUGAGGGCGAUGCGACGACGACGCCUACCGAUGGUGACAGCGAGUGGUUGACUCCCGUCAGCAUUGGAACUCCCCCCCAGACUCUGAACCUGGACUUUGAUACCGGUUCUUCGGAUCUUUGGGUUUUCAGCAGCUUGACUGCUGCGAGCGAGGUCAACGGUCAGACCAAGUACGACCCAACCAAGAGCACUACUUCCAAGAAAUUGACUGGAGCCACUUGGUCUAUCUCAUACGGUGACGGAAGCUCAUCCUCUGGCACCGUCUACACCGACAAGGUCAACGUCGGCGGCCUCGUCGUCAGCGCUCAAGCCGUCGAGGCUGCCAAGACCGUGUCUGAUAGCUUCACCUCCGAGUCGGACCUCGACGGUCUCCUGGGACUGGCUUUCAGCUCCAUCAACACCGUCAAGCCCACGAAGCAGAAGACCUUUUUCGACAGCUCCUUGCCUCAGCUCGAUUCGCCUGUUUUCACUGCCGACCUCAAGCAGGACGCUCCCGGAUCCUACAACUUCGGAUAUAUUGACAGCUCCGCCUAUACUGGAUCUAUCACUUACACCAGCGUCGAUUCCUCGCAGGGCUUCUGGGAGUUUAUUUCUACUGGAUAUGCUGUUGGCAGCGCUACUUUCACCAAGACCUCCAUUGACGGCAUUGCUGAUACCGGCACCACCCUCCUUCUGCUCCCCAGCUCCAUCAACAAGGCCUACUAUGCUAAGAUUUCCGGUGCCAAGCUCGAUAACAAUGUCGGCGGCUACGUCUUCCCCUGCUCGGCCACUAUUCCCAGCUUCACCUUCGGCGUUGGCAGUGCCAGGUUCACCAUCCCUGCUGCGUACAUGAACUACUCUCCUAUCUCGGAAGGCUCUUCGACCUGCUUCGGUGGACUUCAGCCCAGCGAGGACAUUGGCAUCAACAUCUUCGGUGAUAUUGCUCUCAAGGCCGGAUUUGUGGUUUUCGAUGGUGGCAACACCCGUUUGGGCUGGGCUACCAAGGCGCUGUAA